AUGGUGCCAGAGGAGCUUGACCCUGAUAUUUAUUAUUACUGUAUUUCACUCACAUGUUUUGAGAGGCUGAAGUCUUUACUACAUUUUUAUACCAUAGGAUUGAAAGUUGCAGUACAGAAGUUUCCAAAUGGUUUGAUUACUGGAACUUUGCCGGCAUCUUGCAGAGUGUCACCUCUGGCAGCCAAAUCCAAGAAGAAGGUCACACCACCACCACCACAAAUUAUCAUGGCAACACAGAGUUACUUUACAGAGAACAAUCUUGAUAAGUUACAGGUUGAUCUGGAGGAGAAUUUGGUACCCAACGAUACUGGAAGUCGUCUUUCUCGUGCAACUACACACGCAAGAAGUCAAGCAUCAGUGCGAUCUUCAACAUCCAAAUCCAUGAACAGUGUCCAAUCCCAGCCCUGGAAAUGACACCUCUAAAACUCUAUUAGAUUCAUUAACUGUUUAAAUCGUAUUUUAUCUGUUGAUGCUCUGAUGCAGUUGAGCUGGUAACUGAAUUAUAUUGGAAAUAAAUAAAAGUAGAAUAAUUUCCAUAAUUCUUUUUCCAUAAUUCUUAUUUACUAUAUUUAAUUUAUAAAUAGGCAGUGGACAAUUUUCAAGUAGGAUUCAUUUACUUACUUGGAAUUUUUAUGAUGAUUAGAGGGAGCACUCAAACUCUAACCUUAAAAAUAUGCAAAUAUGCAGUUUGUUCUUAUUCAUUUUUAAGACUUCGUCAAAAAAGCAAAAUCUCACCUGUGCAGUUAUUUGUGGGAGUCAACACAGAAGUCAUAUUUUGGGUUUUAUAUUUUCCACUGCCUAACUUGUAUUUAUUACGGUAAAAGUGACACAGUAUUCCAUAAGUAACCCAUACUCUCUAAUUGUAACCCACCCUAAAAACCAAACAAAUGAAUACAGUAAGUAGUCUCAAUGUUUUUCAAUUUUUUUAAAAUUCUUUUUUAUCUUACAAAUAAAAUGAGGUUAUAACUGCAUUAAAACACAUUUAUAAAUGUAUUAUAAUUAUUAUGUUGUACAUACAAAUCUGGAAUUUUUCAUUUUGUUUGCAAAAGUGAAAUGUUUCAUGCUUACAAUAUUUUAAAAAUAUGUAAUUCAUACAUAAUUACAAAAAUAAUCUUUAAUUAUAUUAUUGUAUUUUCUGAAACCAAAGCAUUUUUAUUUCAUAGGGUAGAUAAUUUUGUAAAAUCCUGUCUUCAAACUUUGUCAUAAAUAUACGAUAGUUUUCUUACUUUUUUUUGCUUACAAUUUUAGUAACACUGAUAAAUGCUCUUACUUUUUUGUAUUGAUAUUCGUAAAAUAUGAAGAUUUCUCUUUAAACUGAUUAAAGUCACUGUUCAUAUUUUA